AUGAACAAGAACGCCACAACGGGCACAAGCACCCCCAGACGCCGCCGCUCCUCCCCUUCCCCGGGCCUCCUUUCCGCCUCUUUUCUCGAGCCCCGCAUCGCUGUCGUACUCGAGAUUCCCAAAUCCUGGCGCCCCUGGCUCUUCUUCUGCCGCCUCCUCUCGAUUUGUCCCGCUAUCUACUGGGGCAUACAACCCGCCCUUGAGCUCUUCAUUCGCGUCAUGCUCGCCCUGCCGUGGUCGGCCUUGCUCGAAGCGCUCGGUGCGGACCCUCUGACUAUGGACGUCAUGGUCCCGGGGGAGCCCAUCUGCCCAGCUAGCCCGAGAAGCAUGGGGCCCUUCCUCAGCGGCGCUCCCCCAGGGACGAGAUUACCGGGUAGUUCCAGACGAUAUCCGUGGACUGAGAUGGCAUUGGGCGUCAUAUGGUGCGGCUCGUCGGGUUACCUAUCCUUCUUCUUCGCUGACUGCCUCAUGUCUCGCUGGCUCAUAAACUAUACCCCACAGGCCACCAUCAUCCGCCUCUUGACUAUAAACUGCGCCAACGCGUUUUUAACGGAACGCAUCCUAUUCUUCGCCGGCGGCUUCGAUGACGGUCGUCUCCUCCUCCCAGGCUGGAUCAGCAUCGCCAGCACGUUGACUGUGUUAUAUCAUAUCACACAACGAAAGAUCAAUAUCCAAAAGGAGACCUCGACAUCCAUCAACGUCUUUUCUAUCGCUAGCUUCGUCAGCACGGUCACUCUACUUGGUCACCUACACACUAGCAACCCCGAAUACCCCGACUCCCUCUUGCUGCAGUUUGUGCGCAUGAUCCGGACGCACUGGGCUCAUAUGGCGGGCGAGAGCGGUUUCAGAGACGGUCGCGGCGGAGGUAGCUUUGUGGCGACCAGCAAGUGCGACUUGUAA